AUGUCGCGGGACCCUGCGCAAGCGCGCAAGGAGUUGGAUGGACUGUCCGAGGUAUUUCCUUUGGACGAUGGCGAUGGAUCGGAAGACGAGGGGGCAGCCGAUGCCGAAGAGGACGAACGCAGGGAUGCACCCAAGGCGAGGUGGGGGACUGUCGAUGGGUGCACUCCAAAUGAGCGUUUCUUCGCUCGGAUGCAAGGUGCGACCCCAGGAGAGCGAAUGACGACUGCCGUCAUAACUCAGGCAGAGAAGGACAAGUUCGAUCGCGAGGUCUUUCAGUUCUUGGUUUCCCCGGAGGUAAGGCAGCAGGUUGCUGGCCACCGCCGUGGUACCCAAAGUAUCAACUUCGAUGCCUUUGCGGCAAAGUGGAACGAGGACGUCGGCGAAAUCGAGAGGAACGAGGUGGCCGGGCGCUUGGAAGUCAGUGGCGAUGCCAACAAGAAGAUCAACCGGAAGGCGCCUUUCGACCUUCAGAGCUGGUGGACCGAGUCGAGGAAGGAAGUCAACACCGCGCGUACGGUGGAGCAGAACAAAGACCGUCUUUCAGCGAUGUACGAGAAAAAUCGCGUCCGACUUUCAGAGCCAAGCACGGCGGAGCGGGCAGCUGUCGGCAUGACGAUAACGGGACAAACGUUUUCCUUCCCGCUGGUGCACAACGGGCGUUCAACUUUACCACGGCCUGCCCCUUCGGCUACCGGAGGACCCGAACACGACGAACGCGAUGAGCGAGGCAGCGAACCCGCCCAGAAGACACGGGAAGCAGCAGCGCGACAGGUAUUGGGGGGAGUAGUUCUGUGA